AAUUUCAACAAAAUAAUGAACUUUCAACUGAUGUAAAUGAUGCUAUAAAUCUUUUAACACAAAAACUUGAAGAUUAUUAUUUAACUUUUGAUAGUUUAGUAUAUAUUAUUACAACAAAAUCAAAUAUAUUGACAUCAAAACAAAUAGCAUUAACUAAUUAUAUUUUUAAAAAGCAAAAAGUAAUGUAUAAAGAUGAAUUGGAAUCUUAUUUAAAAAAACCUGCAUCUAAUUUUGAAAUAGAUACAUUAUCAUAUUGGAAG